AUGGAAUUAUUGCAUUAAAUAAAAAAAGUUGUCCUUUAUCAAACUUAUGUAUAAAUGGAGCAUAAUGGAGCAAUUCAGAAUAAAAAUGCAAAAGAGAUUUAAGUUUUUGUUUUUAGCCUGAUAAUUAUUUGCAUUUAUGCCCAAAUUGUAGUUUUGUAGCAAAUACUAAUUAUUGCUAAAAUAGUUGCAAAAGCUAGCAAUAUUAUGAUUAUAAAUAAUAGAAAUGCAUGUUCUAUUGUUAUUAAGGAGUAAUUGCAAAAGACUAAGCAAGUUGUUAAUCAUCUAAUUUAUGUAUUGAUGGUUUUAAAAGUUUAGGUUAAGUAUGAAAUAGAUUCAUUAAAAAUUAUAAGAAAUACAAAUUAAUAACUGCAAAAUAAUUAAAUUGAAAUCGAUUUCAAUUAAGAUGGAUCAGAUUAAGCUUUAAAAGUAGAAAAUGACAGCUAGAAUACAUUAAAAUAAUUAGAAAAUGAUUAAAUUUUACAGUAAUAUAACCCUCAGUAGAUUUAUUAGGAAAAUCCUUUUGUAUAGGAAUAAGUAAAUUAAUAAAAAGAUAUAAAUUAGAUAUGA